UGGCUUCGUCGAUCAGAGUGUUAGUGAGAGAGGGGAGGGACAGCAAUUUUAUACUCCGGAACUUGUGGACUCACAACCAGUUUCAUCGGGUUCAUUCAGUGCAUUCUAUCCAUCUUGAGAAGUUGUUCCCACAUUGGAGGAGUAAAUAUGAGUGGUAGAGUAAUUAAUUUUGGUGCUGGACCAGCGAAACUUCCAAAUGAGGUCCUGAAGAGUGUUCAGGAAGAAUUAUUAUCCUUCUCGAAUACGAAAGUGAGUAUUUUGGAGCUCAGUCAUAGAUCGGGCGAUUUUGCAAAAGUCAACCAAGACACUCAGGACCGCUGUCGUGAGCUCUUGAACAUCCCCAGCAAUUACAAAGUCCUGUUCAUGCAAGGUGGAGGUACUGGACAAUUCGCAGCUGUCCCCCUGAAUCUCAUCAGCAAGACUGGAGUCGCUGAUUAUUUCAUCACAGGAUCUUGGUCGGCAAAGGCAGCUAAGGAGGCAGCUAAAUACGGAAAAAUCAAUCAGGUGCUUCCGAAGACUAGUUCAUACACCGAAAUACCAGAUCACACGGCCUGGAAACUCGAUCCCAAUGCGUCUUACGUAUAUUAUUGCGCCAAUGAAACGGUCCAUGGUACCUGCAUAGAAUUCGACUACGUCCCUGAGACUAAGGGGAUUCCAAUAGUUGCAGAUAUGUCUUCCAAUAUUUUGACGAGGAAACUUGAUAUUUCCAAGUUCGGAGUAAUCUACGCUGGAGCCCAGAAGAACAUAGGCCCCUCUGGAGUGACCCUUGUGAUCGUUCGGGAAGACCUUCUGGGCAAUGCUCUGCCCAUUUGCCCUUCAGUUCUAGAUUAUACUGUCACGGCAAAAGAUAACUCUCUGUACAACACGCCACCAACAUUCCAGAUCUACGUUGUGGGACGUGUGUUUGACUGGAUAAAAGAAAAUGGUGGAGUCGAAGGAAUGGAGAAACUCUCUUUAAUCAAGAGUAAACUUGUCUACGAUGUUAUCGAGCAGUCCAACGGUUUCUACAAUUGUCCCGUGGUAUCGCACUCCAGAAGCCGAAUGAAUGUGCCGUUUAGAAUUGGCAACAACGAUGAGGAGCUGGAGAAAAAAUUCCUGGUUGGCGCUGUAGAGCGUGGAAUGCUCCAGCUGAAGGGACACAGAUCUGUGGGGGGUAUCAGAGCCUCGCUGUAUAAUGCAGUAUCUGUUGACGAUGCCCAGGAACUGGCCAACUACAUGAAGGAAUUCCACAAAUCUCAUGCCCAGUGAACACAACGAUAUUAUUAUUUUUUAAAACAAUAAAAAUUUGAUUAGUCCGUUUCGAAGGGCUCAGCUACUUGUCAAUA